UCUGCGGUUGUGCGAUCGCAUUUGCGUUCGAAAGCCGAGAAGCCAUGAGGCGAUGAGGCACUAUUCUUCAUACGUCUAUGCCAGUAGUUGUAUUUGAAUUGGAAAUUCUCGUUUCUUUAUUUAAAACAUGUAUCAUUACAUAAUUAGAAAUUGUUAAUAUGUUAGUACUAGUGACUUUACAUUAAAACUUUCGACAAUAAUGCCGUCAAACAUUGGAAUCUGUGGUUGCAGUAUCACAGUUAGUUUGAUAAAAAAGACGUUGGAAUCAAACCUUAUGUAUCGUAGUGUAAUUAUUAUGGGAACUAGAAGUUUUUAUACUAGUUCAAUGACUAGUUGCCAAACUUCUGUAAAUGAAGCGAAUAUUUCUGAUACUAGUUAUCAAUUGGUUAAUGAAAGGAAGAUUAAUGGGCCUAAUCUAGCAAGUGAAAUGAAGCAAAAAAAUUUACAUUUAUUAAAAAAUGAAGACUUGAAAAGUAAAAUAUUUAAUGCAUCAUUAGAUGUUCUUAAAUGGAUGUUUUCAGAAACACAUGUUCUCCCUGAUAAAGUAAUUGAAAAAAAAUUUCCGUCAGCAAAAGUAUGUCUACAUAAUGUUUAUACUAUUGUCGCAAAUGAAACUAAGAUUUUGAAUCCCAUGAUUGUAAGCACCAAGCAUGUAAAUCAGAAGAAAAAAAUGGUCUGGUCUAGUACGUACAGUGUUAAGUGGCCUGAAGAAAAAUCAUUCACAAGUAUUGCGUCUUCAAAAGCGGUAGCUUCUGAGUCAGCAGCUUUGAAAUGUUUAUAUUGGUUACAUCUAACUAAAAAGGUUCAGAAUCGGUUGCCUAUCAUAUAUGAGAAACAGGAAAAACUCUCCAUGAUGAAGACUCCUGAUGAAUUAAAAAUAGAUGAAAAUAUUUUAGCUACUCUUAAUCAAUUUCUUGAUCAACAUGAGCAUGAAAUUCAAAAUGCAUUGACUGUGGUUGCCAAAAAAAGUGCAACACAUUUUCAAGAUAGUAGAUUAAAACUAUUGAAAAUGCAUCCUGUUUCAUUUGUUAGCGUUGAGAACGACAUGAGGAACAGUAUUUUGGCAGAGAGACUGAGAAGCCGAAUAAAAGUAUCGAGCCUUGAUCUUCCAAUUUUUCGAUAUAAAUCAGAAAUUUUGAGAGAGUUGGAGGAAAAUCAAGCUCUAGUAAUAAAAGGUGAUACUGGUUGUGGCAAAACAACGCAAGUGCCUCAGUUCAUAAUCGACAACAUGACUGAGAAGGGCAUAGGCUCCAACUGUAACAUGGUUGUGACGCAGCCACGGCGAAUAUCGGCGAUAUCCUUGGCUGAACGAGUCGCCUUCGAGCGUUACGAGCAUAUUGGCGAUGUAAUAGGCUACCAAGUACGUCUCCAGCAGGUAUUGCCCAAACAAAACGGUAGUAUUCUGUUUUGUACAACUGGAAUUUUACUAAAAAAGAUACAAAAUAAUCCAAAUCUUGAAGGUUGCUCUCAUGUAAUUGUUGAUGAGGCUCACGAGCGCAGCGUUGAUACGGAUAUGCUUCUUGUUUUGUUGAAGCGUGCGUUGAAAAAGAACCUUAAGCUAAGGGUUAUUGUUAUGUCGGCAACAAUAAAUGCCGACCUAUUCCAAAAAUAUCUUGACUGCAGGGCGGUCGAAGUUCCAGGCAGGAUAUUUCCAGUGAAAACGUAUUUAAUGGAUGACAUGUACGAACUUGAUAUUCCUUUCCACAAACCUCUUGACAUAAUUGAAGAUCAUGCUGAACCGAACGUGAAUUGUGACCAAAUAACAGAUUUGAUACGCUGGAUAGAUAAUGCCAAACCACCAGGCGCCAUUCUUUGUUUUUUGCCUGGCUGGAGCCACAUAUACAGAAUCCAAAUCACUCUGGAUAGGUACGAAAGUCACAGAUUCGAAGUCAUACCACUGCACUCAAAAAUACCCUACUUAAAUCAGAGUAAAAUCUUUCAACCAACACCUCAGGGAAAAAGGAAAAUCAUUUUAGCUACAGAUGUUGCAGAAACUGGAAUCACAGUGCCAGAUAUUGUUUACGUUAUUGACUCGGCUUGCCAUAAGGAAGUCAGAUGGCACAAAAAUAAAGGCCUGUCUUCUAUAGACACCCACUGGAUUUCUAGAGCAAAUUUCAACCAAAGAAGAGGAAGAGCUGGAAGAGUGCGUGAAGGUGAAAGUUAUCACUUUAUAACAAAACAGAAAUUCAGUGAUUUAGAUGCAUAUCCUCUUCCCGAAGUUCUUCGAGUUUCACUGGAAAAGACAGUUUUGGAUUGUAAGACCUACAGUAGUGAAAAAGUUGAAGAUUUUUUAGGAAGUAUGCCCCAACCUCCUAGACAAAGUUAUGUUAAAAAAGCUGUCCAAGACUUACAAAUUCUUGGUGCCUUAGACGAGAAUGAAGAUCUUACGGCUUUAGGAAAACGAAUAGCGUUGUUCACCGUUCAUCCAAAACUUAGUAAAGCUUUGGUUUACUCUUCAAUAUUCCAGUGCUUGAGCCCAGUUGCAACAGUUGUGGCUGCUCUGUCAACGCAGUCGGAAAUAUUCUACGACACUCUAGAGAACAAGAGUCAUAUUCGAGAAACAAAGGCACGUUUUCAUCCAACCAGUGACCAUUUAGCUGUUUCUUGGAUUCACGCUCAAUGGCAGAACUUUUUCAAUCAAAGUCGCCAAAAUGCUUACAAUUUUUGUAGGAUCAAUAGAUUGCAUGCUGAGAGAAUUUCUAUUCUAGACAAAGUUCAGGAUGUUUCUCUAAAAUUCGUCAUGGCUUAA